CUCAAAUCUUCCUUCACUUACGACACACCUCCUUCUGAGUCGGAGAACAAAAAAGGGGAACAACAAGGAAAAACAAACUAGAAAAAAAGAAGGAAAAAAAGAUAUUAAAGACGAAAUGUACUACUCCACCUUCACGACCUCGGACAACUGCCCCCUGGCAUUCCAAUCGUCCCUGCCCCUCCCGAUCGCCGCCGCCGAAGGCGCCAGCGCUCCCAAGACGUGCAUCCUCCUGCUGCACGGCUUCUCGGGCUCCUCGGCCUACUUCACCCGCAACGCGGCCGCCCUCUCGUCCUCGCCGGCGGCCCACUGGGUCGUCUGCCCGGACAUGCGCGGACACGGCCGGUCCGGCCACAACCCGGCGCGCGGCGGCUACCACGUGGCGCGCCUGGCCGCCGACCUGCGCGAGCUGCUCGCCCAUCUGCGACGACAGCUCCCCACCGCCGAGGCCGAGGCCGCCGCCCCGCCCGCGGUCCGGUUCGUCCCCGUCGGGUGCUCGAUCGGCGCGGCCGUCGUGUGGACGUACCUGGAGCUGUUUGGCGAGCGGGACGGCGGCGGGGAGGACUUAUUUGCCGGGUUCGUCUUCGUGGACCAGGCGCCGCUGCAGGACCGGGCGGCGCUGGGACUGGGCGGGGCGUGGGGCGCGGAGGCGGCGCACCGCGGGUGCUUCGACGAGGCCAGCAUGCUGGCCGCGCAGAGGGCGUGGGUGGAGGAGCCGGCGCGGACGCACCGGGCGCUGGUGCGGGAGUGCCUCGGGUAUCGGUUCGCGCCCACGCAGGAGGAGGCGGACGACGACGAGGGCGAGGAGCGGGCGCGCAGGGACGAGGACUUCUUCACGGGCAUCAGCGCCGUCUGCGACGGGGUCUGGCUGGCCAGGCUGCUGGCCGAUCACACGCGGUACGACCACCGCGAGGCAUGCGAGGCCGUCACCAAGCCGGUGCUGGUCAUGGCCGGCCGGCGCAGCGGGUGUUUCCCGCUCGAGGGGAUGGAGGAGACGGUGAGGAGGGCCAGAAAGGGGGGCAACCGGGACGCCGAGAUGAUGGUGUUUGAGUCGGGGCACUGGCUGUUCUACGAGGAGCCCGAGAGAUUCAACCGGGAGCUGCUCAAGUUUGUGGAGCGGUGCACGAGCUGAUUUCCAUCAAGGAAGCAAGCAAGGACGGAAAAGAGAGAAAGAAAAGUAAUGAAAGAAAUGCCAAGGCCAUCAUCAUUAUCAUCAUCGUCGUCGUUGUCGUCGUCGUCGUCAUCAUCAUCAUUAUCAUCUGUCUAGGUAAUUAAUAAAUAGCCCAGCGCGACUCGGGUCAUUG